AGAAUAAAACAUAUGAUCCACUGGCAAAUAAAAAAAGUAAAUUUCAAGACCUUGAAUAACCUGUACAUGUACGUCUUCGUAUUUUCACGCCCAUUGCAAAUUUAAAUUAAAACGAGUGAGAAGACAAAUGAAAAUAUAAUAAUAUAAAAGGAUAGUUGUUUUGUGGUUGAGUAGUGUGGAAUAGUGCAAAACUCUGACAAUUUUUAGUGAGCAAACGAAAAAUUUUCGGAAAAAUAAUAUGUCAAAUCCGGAAAUUAUUACGUCCAAUACGAUGCAUGGAGUCUGGCCAUUUUUACAAAACAUUGAAUGGAGGGAUCCAUGGCUUGUAUUACUUAUAACGUUUCAUAUAGCUGUCACAAUGACAGCAUUAAUGACGAGAAAUCAUGCAAACUUUCAGAUUUUAUUAUUUCUUGUUCUCUUAUUGUUAGUUUAUUUUUCUGAAAGUAUUAACGAAGUAGCGGCAACACAUUGGAUGGUUUUUUCCAAACAACAAUAUUUUGAUUCAAAAGGAUUAUUUAUAUCAAUUGUAUUUUCUGUACCAAUUUUAAUGAACUGUAUGAUAAUGGUGGCAAGUUGGUUAUAUCAAUCAAGUCAAUUAAUGACAAGCCUAAAAAGAGCACAAUUGCGUCAACAGGCAAAACAUAGACUGACAAAUAAUAGAGAUACAUCAAAUGGGACUAAUAGCGUCUCUAAUUCUGGCGAGAAAAAAAAUGAUUAAAAAUAAUCCAUUCUAGUCACCCAUAGACCCCAGAUAUCAAUAUUAUUCUUUUAUAAGAUAUAUAACAAAGUGAUGUAAAAUUUGAUCUAUCGAUUCAACAUUAAUAACACAAAAACUGCUUCGAAUUGAAAAUUUACAAUAAAUUCUUAAAUUUGAAGUAAGAAGUAAAUGCUACAAGGUAGUAUUUAAUUUGAA